AUGACACGACUGGAUCGAUCGCCGCACGGCGAUGAAGCCGAGAUCGACAUCUAUCUGAACUUUGUCGACAGCCUGUUCGCUGACCGGCGCAGCAUGCUGAUGGGCGUGACGCUGCAGAUCGGCAUUGCCUUGUGCGUCUAUAUCGAGAGCGGCAUGACCUCGAUGGGCGUGUGGCCUGGCAUUUUCCUGCUGACGGCGGCCUACCGCUAUUUCCACAUCGUUUGCUACGGGCGUCAAUCGGCUGCGGCUGCAUCGAUGGAUCGUGAAACGCGCCUGGCCUGGGCCAAGGACUGGGAACGCCGCUACAUUCUGUCGUCCGGGCUGGCCGGCCUCGCAGUCGGCAUGUUCGCCUGGUUCAGCCUGGAGUUUGUCGGCACCGAGUUUGCCAUCAUCGCGUCGCUGUCGACGGUCUUUGCCGCCCUGCCGACGAUUGUCGGGCGCCUUUACGGCUCUGUGCGCUUGGCGGCGCUGAUGACCGUCAGCGUGCUGAUCUGGCCGGCGCUCAGCCUGCUGAUGGCGGGCAACCUUGCAAGCAUGAUCGCUGUGCUCUUGUUUCUGCCCUAUGUCGGUUUGGUCAUGUCGAUGGUGCGCCGGGUGCGAUCGACCGUCGUUUCGGCGGUGCGCGGGCGGCUUGAAAAGACCGAAAUCGCCGAGCGAUUCAACCUGGCGCUGACCAACAUGUCGCACGGCGUGAUCAUGUUCGAUCGCCACCAGCGGGUCGUCGUCAUUAACCGCCGCGCCCGGCUGAUCCUGCAGAUUCCCCAUCAUGUGAACGCCGAAGGGCGCAGCUUUUCCGUCCUGAUGCGCUAUGCGCGCCGGUUCAACCUGGUGCCGUCCGACCACGCCGGCUCUUUCCAGGACGUGGUGUCGAGCCUUCUGGUCACCGACGGAAGGAAGGCCGAAAUACGGCUGACGAACGGGGUGCAUGUCGAGUUUUCCGGCACGCAAAGGCCGGAAGGCGGGUCGGUGCUGAUCCUUGAGGACGUGACCGAGCGGGCGCGGGCGCAGGAGCGCAUCAAGGCGAUGGCACGGUUCGACAGCCUGACCGAAUUGCCCAACCGGACGCAUUUCGGCGAAGAGGCCGUUCGCCGCGCGGACGAAGCCGAUCCGGAAUCGCGGUGUCUGCUGAUCGCUUUCGAUGUCGAUGACUUCAAGCGCGUCAACGAUUCGAUCGGACACGCCCAAGGCGACGCGCUGCUGCGGGCCAUCGCCCGCCGGCUGCGCCGCGACUAUGGCGAUUGCGCGGCCAUUUCCCGGCUCGGCGGCGACGAGUUCAUGAUGUUCGUCGACCGGCUGCCGGCCGACUUCGAGAUCGACGCCUUCGCCGACGGGCUGCGUGACUGUCUGCGGCGUUCGUUCCGCAUCGGACCUGAAAAGGUGUUCGUCACACAGUCGUUCGGCAUCACAUACGGCAAGGCCGGCGAUUUCGAUCUCAAGCGGGCGAUGGUCGAAGCCGAUCUGGCGUUGUACCAUUCCAAGGCGAUGGGCAAGGGCGUAUGGUCACUGUUCGAGCGCGACAUGAACGACCGCUAUCUGCGGCGGCAACUGCUCAAGGGCGAACUGGCCAAGGCGAUCGAGCUGGGCACGCUGUCGGUGCGCUACCAGCCGAUCGUCGAAGCGGCGACCGGACGCAUCGUCGGCUGCGAGGCGCUGUCGCGCUGGCAUCAUCCCGAGCAUGGCAACGUCUCGCCGGCCGAAUACAUUCCGCUGGCCGAAGAGAUGGGCAUCAUCACGAAGCUGACCGAAAGCGUCAUUCGCACAGCGACACGGGAGUGCGCGCGCUGGCCGGAUCAUGUGACCGUGUCGGUCAAUCUGUCAUCGAUCGAUUUCCAGCGUGACGGCAUCGGCCAGAUCAUCCAGAACGCACUGGAGACGGCAGGACUGCCGGCCAAUCGGCUGAUCGUCGAAAUCACGGAGACGGCGGUGAUCAGCAACGAGGCCGACAUGAUCGAUCGCCUGACCCGCAUUCGCAGAACGGGCGUCGGGAUCGCGCUGGACGAUUUCGGCACCGGCUAUUCCUCGCUGAGCUAUCUGCACCGGUUGCCGCUCGAUCGCGUCAAGAUCGACCGGUCGUUCGUCGCCGGCAUCGAAACCGGCGACACGCCGCUGGCUCUGCUGCACGGCAUCACCGAUCUGUGUCAUGGGCUGGGCCUGAAGAUCACGGUCGAGGGUGUCGAGACCGCCAGCCAGCUUGCCAUCGUGCGCGGAUCGGGCAAGAUCGACAAGGUACAGGGUUAUCUGUUCGGCCCGGCGCUUCCGGCGACCGCGAUCGCCGAGAUGGCGACGCGCAUGCCGGCCGAAAAUGCCGCUGCGGACGCGCCCGCCGCCGUUGCGCAACCGGGAACGGCCGCUACCGGCUGA